AGAUGAUCCUGUUAUGGGUUACACUGCUUGUUCUUCAUCAAGGAUAUUCACUAGUUCCAGUUAGCAUAGUUAGACUUGGUGAACCUGCAACCUUCACGUGUGCUCUCCAUUAUAAGAAGAUUGGCCGUCCACACCUCGACUGGUACAAGCAGAGGGCCGGGGAAACUCUGAAAUUAAUUGUGACAAAGCGUGAAUCUUCAAAACCUGAGUAUGCACCAGAGUUUUCUGAAUCAAGAUUGGAAAUAAAAAAUGAUAACAAUUUUAGCAACUUGACCAUUCUGAGGACAAUCCAAGAAGAUGAGGGAAUGUAUCACUGUGCAUCCACGGAGCUGUAUACAAGUCCUGUAUGGAGUGGAACAUAUUUGUUAAUAAAAGGAAACACUCAGAGGACAUCAAACUACACUGUUGUUCAGUGGCCGACAGUAUCAGAUCCAGUCCGUCCAGGAGACUCUGUGACUCUCCAGUGUUCAGUCCUCUCCGACUCUGGGAACAAGACGUGUCCAGGAGAUGACAGUGUGUUCUGGUUCAGAGCUAGAUCAAAUAAAUCUUAUCCGGACAUCAUCUACACUGAUGGAAGAAGACAUAAUGAAUGUGACAAGAGAUCUGACACUCAGAAGAGUUGUGUUUAUCGUUUCUCUAAGAACAUCAGCUCCUCUGAUGCCGGGACUUACUACUGUGCUGUGGCCACAUGCGGUGAGAUAUUAUUUGGAGAUGGAACUAAAGCGGAAAUUGAAGAGGCCAUAUUUGGACGAGAGGGUGGAGCUCGAGGAGGAGCAAGGUGUGAUCUGGUUGGGAACCCAAGGACACGUGAGUGA